CGUCUCAGACUCGCGGACGAAACAACCAGCUGCAGCAUCGAAAAACGCUCCUCGCGCGACGCACGCACGAUGCAGCAGGCGUUCGGCCGAGCUCGUUCAAAGCCGUGCGGCACGCCGACUCCACCAUUUUCUAGCAACCGAACGUAAUUACCUCCUCCCCUAACCUCCCCAUCCCCCUCUCUGCUUUCCCUCAUCGUCCCUCCCAGCCUCCCUCUUCUCAUUUUAUAAAUUAUCCUUCCUGGUGCGCUCCCAGACACACACUCUCACUCGCUGCUGGAAACAUCGCUUCCGCCUGAGCGAGGAAAUCUGCUGCGUAAAACCUUCUCUUCGUCAUCACCCUCCACAUCUGCUUCCUCAUCAUGCGUGAAUGCAUCUCUAUCCACGUGGGGCAAGCUGGCGUACAGAUCGGCAAUGCAUGCUGGGAGUUGUAUUGCCUGGAGCACUGCAUCCAGCCCGACGGCCAGAUGCCCUCCGACACCACCAUCGGAGGCUGCGAUGACUCUUUCAACACUUUCUUCAGCGAGACCAGCGCCGGCAAGCACGUGCCACGAGCUGUUUUCGUCGACCUGGAGCCCACCGUCGUCGAUGAGGUGCGAGGUGGUCCCUACCGUCAGCUCUUCCACCCGGAACAGCUGGUGACAGGUAAAGAGGACGCCGCCAACAACUAUGCUCGCGGCCACUACACCGUCGGCAAAGAGAUCGUCGACCUCGUCCUCGACCGCAUCCGCAAGCUGGCUGACCAGUGCACGGGGCUGCAGGGCUUCCUCAUCUUCCACUCCUUCGGUGGAGGCACCGGCUCUGGCUUCACCUCGCUCCUGAUGGAGAGGCUGUCCGUGGACUAUGGCAAGAAGUCCAAGCUGGAGUUCUCCGUCUACCCGGCUCCUCUGGUGUCUACUGCGGUGGUUGAACCUUACAACUCCAUCCUGACCACGCACACCACCCUUGAGCACUCCGACUGCGCCUUCAUGGUCGACAACGAGGCCAUCUACGACAUCUGCCGCCGUAACUUGGACAUCGAGCGACCCAGCUACACCAACCUCAACCGCCUCAUGGCCCAGAUCGUGUCCUCCAUCACCGCCUCCCUCCGCUUCGACGGCGCCCUCAAUGUGGAUCUGACGGAGUUCCAGACCAACCUGGUGCCUUACCCCCGCAUCCACUUCCCUCUAGCCACCUACGCCCCCGUCAUCUCCGCCGAGAAGGCCUACCACGAGCAGCUGACGGUGGCCGAGAUCACCAACGCCUGCUUCGAGCCGGCCAAUCAGAUGGUGAAGUGCGACCCCCGUCACGGCAAGUACAUGGCCUGCUGCAUGCUGUACCGCGGGGACGUCGUGCCCAAGGAUGUCAACGCCGCCAUCGCCACCAUCAAGACCAAGCGCAGCAUCCAGUUCGUGGACUGGUGUCCUACAGGCUUUAAGGUGGGCAUCAACUACCAGCCUCCUACAGUGGUACCUGGCGGUGACCUGGCCAAGGUGCAGCGUGCCGUGUGCAUGUUGAGCAACACCACGGCCAUCGCCGAGGCCUGGGCCCGUCUCGACCACAAGUUCGACCUGAUGUACGCCAAGCGCGCCUUCGUGCACUGGUACGUGGGUGAGGGCAUGGAGGAGGGCGAGUUCUCCGAGGCCCGUGAGGAUCUGGCGGCCCUGGAGAAGGACUACGAGGAGGUCGGCAUCGACUCCGUGGAGGCUGAACCCGAGAACGAAGAGGGCGAAGAGUACUGAGCAAGAGAGGACAUGGGCAAGAAGAGUGUUCACCGACAGAAUGGCGAGUUGGUUUAGGUGUACAGGCAGGCAAACCUCUACCCACAAGGGGCUUAAUUCUCACCGGAUUUGCUCUACCUACAAAUGUUAUUUAUUGCGAAAAUCUCUUUUAACUAACAACAGGUUUUCAAACUUUGCAUUCGCAUUGUUUAAAGCAAAUCUCUUAAAAGACCUUUUAAAGGCUUAGCUCGAUCAAAAGCAAAAAAAAAAAAAUUCACUUUUGCUUGUAUACAAACAGUUUAAAGUAUUAUUCAGCAUGUGUUUCUUUUAUAUUUUGUUGAUUAUGUUGAAUAUAUUGCCUUUCUAUAUUUGUUUUAAAUUUGAACGCAUUUGUGGACUAUGUUUACCCAAGAAGUGUUCUCUGAUGGUUUUGUUAUUACUUAUCAUUAAAGUUGCACAAAUGUGUACUGUGCGGAUCUAU